AUGAACACCCUUCUACUAGCCACCGUAUUAUCCCUCGCUGCCGCCGCUGAGCCUCCGUGGCCCAUGUUGGGCUUGGAUGGAUAUCGCAACUAUGACCUCUACAAAAUGCGCCCGGGAGAACAAAUCCUUCAUGACAGUUCCUUCGAUAAAUUCAACCAAAAGAGGGUACCCUACUUGUGCCGCCGCCGCGAUGAGAACGGAUGGUGCAUCUUGGGUGAGGUCGGCCACAGCCCGUGCCAGGUUGCUUCGAUCUGGGUGCAAGACGAACCAGACUCUAUAUCCAAGGCGGGAGGAUUCCGCGUCCAAAUCGACAACAAUCUUGCUGUCAAUGUCCCUUCCGGGGAAGGGCUUUUCAACGGAUGGGUUUACGAUCCUUUCAAGUAUCCGUUCCUCAAUGACUAUCGCCUGGGCAUGGGUGGCAACGUUAUCAAGGUACCAAUGCCCUUUAAUUCAUCCGGUCGAGUUACGAUGCAGAAUUCUCCGCGUAAUUAUGCCAUUAACUUCCGACAUAUCCCGGACUAUAUAAAGUUUCCUGCAUUUGAUCCAGACCACAGGGUCGCUGAUAUGGGAGAGGACGUUAUUGCCGCCCAAACUUUGUUUGGCGUCACCGACCCCAAGCUAACGGGGAAAGCGGAAAAUCAUGUAUCAGGCACUAUUAGCAAGUCCCGACCGACGUUGAAGCUGGCAUCCACCUGUGGUAUGAUUACCAAGCUUGCUAUACGCGUCCCCUCGAUUCGCCCCACGGCGUUUGUUGACGAUGAUGGAUAUGCUAUCCGCGUGGGGCGAAAUGCAAAUGUCACACUUGCGUUGGACAAGAAUAAUGACAUGUGCAAGUUCAGCUGGCGUAUCGAUGCAGGAGUUGGCAAGCAGAAAGUCAAGGUCUAUGUCGACGACAAGGUGGCUGGCAACAUCACCAGCGGAGCUUACAGACCCGGAACCUGGGCUGACAUGACUGUUAGCAUUCCUAGCUCCAUGACCCAGGGCAAGGACAAGAUCAAGGUUCGGCUCCACUGCGUUAGCUCCGAAAUCGAUUGCAACAUCUUCAACGUGGCACUGCAUUGCAAGGCCAAAGAUGGUAAAUGGUCGUCUACCAAAUAUGUUCCAGGCAACGACUGGACGCUCAUGGCGGCGGUGGAUGUUGGACCAAGCCACAAAGAUAUAGAAUGGAUACGUGGCCGUCUAGACCUUGAACCGGUUUGGAGUGGGCGUCGCAAAUACGCAUACGAUGACGUGAAUCAUACCACAGAUUCGAUUCCAGAUCUGCGCUUGACACUGACGUUUGACGGGAAAGAGACUGUAUCCAACGUACCGCUCGGCCAAUUCUUCGCUUCUGGCCUUGCCAAGGGUGACGUCAAAUCUUUGUUGCUCAACGUUGACACCAUGAUAUCCAACGGCGCUUGGACCAGCUACUUUCCUAUGCCUUUUGCUAAGUCGGCUAGCAUCACUCUCAAGAGCGGCGAUGGAUCAUCCAUUGCAGCCUCAGUUGACGCAACCAUUCAGUCCUGCAGUGACGAUGGUAAGCAAUCAAAGCAACCAUCCACCGGAGAAUGGGGUUAUUUCCACACACAAUAUCGCCGUGGCCAGACAGUGGAGGGAGAGUCAUGGCGGAUUCUCAAGACUCCUGGCCCAGGCAUCGCAUGCGGUGUGAGCCAGACGGUUCGCAGUCUGGACAACUCCCUUGAUUUCCUCACGGGCGCUGAGCAGAUAUGGGUCAACAUGACGACGCCUAUCACUAUAUCACAGGCAGAUAUAGCCGGAACUGGUACAGAUCACUUCUACGGCGGCGGCUUCAACUUUGUGGAUGGCUUUGCGGACGGUAGGCCCCAGCUCACGGCGUUUGCAACUUCUCACUCAGGCCUGUCUACCAGUGUUGUUGACCAGUUCGGCAACCAAGGCACGAGCGUAUCCAUGCACCGAUUGAUGAUUGCCGAUUCCAUUUCCUUUCCAGAAAACGGAAUCGCAUUCCACAUUGAGCACGGCGAUGGCAACCGUGCCGUAGCAGAGUAUGAGACUUGUGCUUACUACUAUGCUUGAUGUAUACCAGUCCCUGAUAGAUUUUACAAGAGAUUAUUACUAUGUUAACUAUAACUAUACAUGUAUUCUGGUAUUUAUCUUCUAAUUUUAAAACAAAC